UGCAUUUCUGGAGAAUGAAUAUCAAGCUGACAAGAAUGGUGUUAUUAUUUUCAGGGCUGAUUCUCAGCAGUAUAAGUUAGACUUUGCAGCCAAAACAUGACUCUGUCACAUCCUGUCUAUCCUCCACAGUGGGACCAAACUGCAUUACCUGAUAUCGGGUACAAGUUGAUACAGCUCAGCAGUGAUUCCCAAGAAUAUAGAAAAAUCAAGAGUCUGUUUCAGAAGACAAUGAAAAAUUACUGCAUCAACCAACUGCAGAGGAUUCAGAAUCCAACACUUUGGGACAUUUUUCAGUGGCAAAAAGAAAAGAUGAAGAAGCUCCAUCAAUUGAAAGGGGUGAACGAGAGGCUCCUGUUCCAUGGCACGAGUCCAUCCCAUGUGUCUGCCAUCUGUGAGCAGAACUUUGACUGGAGACUCUGUGGAACUCAUGGGACAAUGUAUGGAAAAGGAAGCUACUUUGCCAGAGAUGCCAGCUAUUCCCAUGAGUACUGUUCCUCUCUCGGCGGGCGCUACAACAUGUUCGUAGCUCAGGUUCUCGUUGGGGACUUUGUGCGGGGGAGCCCUGAGUACUGCCGCCCUCCGCCCAGGGACGAAAAUUCAAACAGACUUUAUGACAGCUGCGUGGAUGACCCGACAGACCCUUCCAUCUUUGUCAUCUUUGAGAAGCAGCAAAUUUACCCUGCCUAUGUCUUGGAGUACAGCCUUGAGAGCAGCUGUGUGGUCCUGUAAUGAAUGGUGGAAUGUCUUUUGAAUUCACACUGAAUAAAUUACUCUUCGGUACAAUUUUAA